AUGUUCGCUGCCACGCGGCGAUGGUUCCGCCGCAACAGAACUCCUAUCGCCGUCGGCGUAGGCAUCAUUGGUACUGGCUAUGUUGUCACGCAGUACGUGCUCAACAAGCUCAAUGAUGCGCGCGAGCGGAUGAGCAGUGAUCGGAUAGCAAAGGAGAACCUCCGACGACGUUUCCAACAAAAUCAAGAGGACUGUACCUUCACCGUCCUAGCCCUCCUACCCACGGCGGCGACGAAGAUCCUCGAGACACUCGACGUGGAGAAGAUCACACUCGAAAUCCAGCAACUGAAGAGCAACAAUGGCGCCAGGUCAGCCAAAAACGGGAGCGGCGACUCGAUGAGCUUGCCCGAGACGACAGGCAUGACGGACGAGGACGGACGGAGUAUGAUCUCAGCCAGCGAGAGUGGCAUACACGCGAGCCAGGUCACGGUGCCGCCCGCGAGUCAGACAUCAGAAGGGGAACAGGCGCAGCAGCAGGACAAGCCCAAGAGGACCAAGAAGCAGCUGUGGGGAGAUGUGACGAUCAGCUCUAUCACGAGGGCCUUUACGCUCAUGUACACCCUCGCCCUGCUGACCAUGCUCACGCGCAUCCAGCUCAACCUUCUCGGGCGGCGGAGCUACCUCUCCAGCGUGGUGUCACUGGCGGCUGGCUCUAACAACGCUGCCAUCAGCCUCGAGAACAAGGAUGACGACAACGCAACCGAGGCGUAUGGCGACGACUUCGAGGUCAACCGCAAGUACCUCACCUUCAGCUGGUGGCUGCUGAACAAGGGUUGGGUGGACGUGAUGCAACAGGUCGAGACCGCGGUCAGGCAGGUCUUUGGACAGAUGAGCCCGAGGGAUCAGGUCACCUUUGACUCAUUCUCGCAAAUGACGAAGCAGGUCAGGAGACUGGUCGAGGGGCCUUCAUUACAGGAACAGCAGCAGCAGCAGCAGCAGCAGACCGUUGGCGGGACCACAAAGUGGCUGCCGUUUCUCUUGCCCCCGCAGGACAUGGAAGAUUUCGUCCUAAAGGAAUCCGGCAUCCUAGAUGACAGCGCCACGUCGCAAACCCAGCUCACCGAGCGAGAGCCCUCGAGCCCUGCCUCAGCAGCCUCUCUUCGGCGUCUCCUAGACGAGACGUCCGAUAUCGUCGAGUCACCCACCUUCACCCACGUCCUCACACAGAUCCUCGACGCAGGUUUCUCUGUGCUCCUGGACAAGAAACUAGCCGAGGGUCCUUUCGACCUUCCACCACCACAACCAUCGUCACCACCAGCGGCAGCACAGAUUCUGAUCAAUGUUGACGGCAUCAGUCCUGAGCUGCAGAUCCUCCGGCAGGAAAGGAAGGUCCUCUUGCCUAAGUGUCUGUCGACGCUCACCCGGCAGGCACAUUACAUUGGCAUUGGUAUGCCAAACGAGUACCUCCAGGCGAUGGAGAGCGUGCAGGAUCUCGAGGGGUUCGCGGCGGUGGUGUAUUCUAGCAACUGGGAGAACGAGAUCCGGGAAGAGGGGAUGAUACCGUCUCCCAAUAGCGGGAGCGGAUCAACACGAGGCGGUACAGCGACGGCAGACUCUAGUGUACGGCAUUCGACGAUCAUAGGCGAGGAGAGCAUGGUCCUGGUAGACCCCUCGCAGAGCUCCUUUGAGAGCGUCUGGGCAAAGGUCACGGACAAGACAUGA